GUUACAUAGAUAAAUUGAGAAUAAUUUUAUACGUGUGUAACGAUAACUCGCCUAUCUCAAACGUUAGUAUAUCAAAAUGUAAUAAAGAUAAUGCAGUGUUAACAUCAUCUCGUGUUUUUACUUAUGAUGAAUGUGGAAAAAAUGCGACAGAUUUAUCGUGUCACAAAAAAUGCUACGGUCAACGUGACGCUACAAAUACUUGGAAGCAUUCCUCUUCUCUUUUCUUUCAAUGAAGAAGGAGAAGAACGCUCCAAAGUAUUUGUAACGUCACGUUGACCGUAGCCAAGGACUCGUGUUCUCGUCUUUCCGCGAGACAAGAUUCUCGAGAGGCGUGGAAAUUGAGACGCGUGAAUGUAUUAAUUAUUAUCUAAGGAUAUACAAAGGCGUUAGUUUAUUUUAAAUCUCGCAACUGGUGUUUGCUAAACGCUAAUCGACGAUUGAAGUUGAGCCGAUCCUUUUUAGAAAAAGAUUCGACGCGCAUCGAGCAACUCUUUCGAGUCGCAGCCGUUCACGAUGGUCUCAACGUGGGAAGAUUUCUACGCGAAGCAUCCACCCCCUCAGGACCUGGCGCAGAAUGAACAGGCGCUGAAGGAAUUCACCAGGAAGCAUCUCGAGGCGGACAAGAAAGUGGUAUUGGUGACGAGUGGAGGUACGACGGUACCCUUGGAACAUAAUACAGUGAGAUUCGUGGACAAUUUCAGCGCGGGUACCAGAGGCUCGGUUUCAGCGGAAUACUUCUUAGAGCAUGGAUACGCAGUUAUUUUUAUGUACAGAGUCAAAUCUCUGGAACCAUUCUCGAGACAUUUUAUAGGUCAGAAGUUUUUAGAUUUGCUUCACAUAUCAGAGAAUAAUGAGACGUCCGUUAUCACAGUAUUACCAGAAUAUACGCAGAAGGUAGCAACAGUGCUACGAAAGUAUAGGGAGGCAUUCGAUCAGAAAAAGUUGUUGCAACUAACUUUUACGAGUCUCUCCGAAUAUCUCUGGCUGCUUCGAUCUGCUUGCCAAGCACUAGCACCUUUGGAGAACAAAGCUAUAUUAUAUUUAGCAGCAGCGGUCUCGGACUUUUACAUUCCUUCCCAUGAGAUGUCAGUCCAUAAGAUUUCCUCAAGUGGACCACCAACUAUAUCUCUUCAAUUAGUACCAAAGAUUUUAGCCCCCUUAGUGAGUUUGUGGGUCCCGAAAGCAUUUGUGGUUUCGUUUAAAUUAGAAACCGAUGAAAGUUUGCUGAUUUCUAAGGCAAGAACCGCCCUCAACAAGUAUCAUCAUAAUCUUGUAAUAGCCAACAUAUUGCAAACUAGGAAGCAACAAGUGGUAAUUGUGAGCAAGGAGACUGAUUAUCCUUUGUCUCUUACAAAUGAACAAUUAGAUAAUGGUGAUGAAAUUGAACAGUUAAUUGUAAGGGAUCUCGUUGAGAAGCAUAUAAAGUUUAUACGGUCCAAAGAAGUUAGUUGAUCAGCUUGUUUUAAGCUAUAAAAUAUAUUUUAAUAUAUUUUUAAUUAUACGUGUGUGUUUUUACUUCCAUUUUUUGGAAGUAAAAAGAUUUUAUGAUAUGACACGUGGAAGAAUUUUAACGGUAAUGGGAAAUACUCAGGUUUAGUAUAUACUACUAUAUUCUAUAUACAUAUCAGCGUUGUAAAGUAAUAUAAAUGUAUAGAAUUCAGUUACAAAUAUUUCGCACAACAAAUAUACAUUCACAUUCUUGUACAGUUUAUAACAAACAGAAUAUCUGAGCGGAUUCAAAUUUUUUAUUGAUAUUAAUUAAAGCAAGAUGUAUAUUUCUUAUUGGAAUAAGUAAUAUACUAUGUUACCAAUCUCGAUAAGUUAUGUCUUAGAUGUUCACUGAUCUGUAAAAUUAUUCUAAAAUCACUAUUCUUGUCAAAUGUUACGUUAUCUGAAUUAUAUAUGUAAAUGCAUCU